AUGGUCAGUGCGACCUGGGAGAGUCAGCCGAGGAGCAUCUGGGAGAGACACCCCGGUGCUGCUGGGACAGGGACGCUCCCAACGCUCGCUGUGGACAUGUCUAUGGCUGAGAGGCGAGAGGAGGCUGCCAACUUGACAGAGCAGGCGUGCAUGCUGUGUGGCCAGGCAGCGGCGGACCUGGUUCUCUGGGGGCACAAAGUGGAGCAGGAACACCUCUGUGCCCAUCUAUUUUGCCUGAUUUUUGCCAGCAAGUUGUGUUACUGGCAGGACGAGGAGUCAGGGCAGCAGAGGUUUAUCCCUGAGGACAUUCCCUGCAUACUCGAGAGGGUUGUCGACAAGCAAUGCUUCGUCUGCGGGGAGAGUGGGGCCGCCAUCACCUGCUGCCGAGAGGGCUGCGACCGCAGCUUCCACCUGCCCUGUGCCAUGGAGGGUGAAUGCGUCACCCAGUACUUCCUCCCGCACAGGUCCUUCUGCAGGGAGCACCGCCCGGAGCAGGAGGUGGAGGCAGCUCCAGACAAGGACACCACCUGCAUCAUCUGCCGGGGCCCUGUGGAGGACAGAAAGUCCUUCCACACCAUGGUGUGCCCCAUCUGCAGAGAGGCCUGGUUCCACCAGGGCUGCAUCCAGGGCCAGGCUUAGUACGCUGGCACUAUCGCCUUCAGAUGCCCCGUCUGCAGAGACCAAUACGACUUUCUCCAUGGCAUGCUCACCGUGGGCAUCCGCAUCCCCGGGAGAUUGCCAUCUUGGGACAAUGGGCCUCUGGAUGAAGCGCUAAUGGAGAGGCACAGCUGCUGCGACACCUGCCAGUGCCUUUGUCCCGGGGGCAGGGAGCAGGCAGAGGAACGGGGGCCCUGGGAACUGCUGCUAUGCAGCUCCUGUGCUGCCGAGGGCACCCACCGGCGCUGUGCCAACCUGAGCACCAGCAGGAGUACCUGGGAGUGUGGCCUGUGUGCUGGCCAGGGCACCGCCUCCAGUGACUGCUCGGAGCUCGCUGGCUCUGGCAUAGGGAGCCAGUCAGGACCGGGCUCAUCCCAGGGCUCCCCAGUGCCGCAGAGCAGCAGCCCCAGCCCCGCCAGCCAGCUGCCAGAGGAGUCCUGCCCUCCUCCAGCGCUCGAGGGCAGCAGCUCCAGCCGCCGUGGGCCCGUGUGGAGGAGGGACAGCUCCCGCCUGGAACGUCGGGCCCAGAAUCCUUACAGCCGGCCUGGACACAGACACGGGACUGGCUGUGCACGGACCCCAUCUUGCUGGCCCUGA